AUGUCGGAAGGUGCAGGCGUGAAUAAGUCUCGUAUAACUUUCCGAGCUGAGAAUAUGCGCAGCCUACGUGAACAGCAGCACAUCCGCUAUGGGCCUGGGACGAAUAAUUCGGCAUUGCUUGAUGAACCCACAAUACUACUUAACCGUUCGGAGAAAACUAUGCAGACGACGCUUGAUACAGUCGACAUGAAUAGCUCGAGUGUCGUGAAGACGACUCUGCGUUUAAACGUGGAACAUUCGAUGUCUGAGGAGUUAAUGGCAUCGUUCGAGGACAUGCUUGUAGAAUAUAUAGCUAACUGGGAUGCAAUAAAUAUGACCGAGGAAGAAAUCCGCCAACGUGCCUCACAGUUGCCUCUUGAUAGCUCCCUACAGCAGUCCAUUCUUAAUGUUCUGAGGGAACUAGCUCCAGGAGACAGAUCAGUUUCAUUGGCUAGAUCGUUAUCUGUUUCACAAUUCUCAUAUACCCAAGCCAGAAAGAGCCUCGUGGAUGGGCCACAAUUUACAGAGAAAGAGGUGAUCGCCUUAUCCCGGGAGCAUAAGGUCGCUCGCGAUGCUAGCACUGCUCAGGCAGUACGCAACCUACUCCAUAGCAAACAUCGUCUACAGGUCGUCGGCGCGCUACAGCAUCUGCAACAAAUUCGGGACAGAAUGCACACCGAUCGGUCACGUGAAAUACUUCAGCUUGACCAUGCCCGUCUCAUUGCACGACCACAUGUUAUUAGUCGGGACUUCGGGAUCUACCAGUCUUAUACGUGCUACUUAUGUCGGAACGUUUUUUCUUCCAUUGAGUUCCUUCAGGCACACCUGUUGAGUCUGAAACAUCACCGACUCUGUCUGUCGAAGGAGCGAAGGCAGGUAGUUAAGUGGGCAAUGGAAGAGCCUAAAGUGCCGGCCACUGUAAUGAAUACAACAUCAGCAGAAGAGGGGCAGGAGGGAACUGGGACUGAGACUCCUAGUAUACUCCCAGACCCAUCCAAUGAGGCAGAAAAGGGAACUGAAAAUGAGGCUACAGGCAGUAAGAAUAACUCUGUGUUCGAACUAAUUAACAAAGCCAGGAACCUGAAGGACGUUGCUGAGAACCCAAACAACACCUUCGCCGCUGUGGGGGUACCCAGUGAUGCUUCCGAUGACAUUAUCAAUCCUAUGAAGAACGUUGUUUUUGCUGAAUUGUUCGAUGAAGCCCAGAGGAUUAGGUUGCUCAAAUCAAAGAAUGCGAUCGUUCUUGAUUAUGGAACAUGCCUGUUUUGUGGAACUAAGGUUGACCUAAGUCCUUUAGUGGAGGUGCACAGAUGCACACAAGAGACCACGGAGGUUAUUGGCAGCCCCGAGUUUUUCACACCGGAACUGUCUCCGGUCAAGUAG